UACAAAAGGAGGUUCCAAUUAGAUUUAAAAAUCAAAAACGAAAAUACCUUUUUCCUUUUCGGCUCUACAAAAAUAAGGCAAUUAGGAAAAGCCCAGAGAAAAAGAGAGAGAGACAUCGAUAGAGAUAUAGAGACGUAAGCUAACCCACAUUCACAGUACAGUAGAAGGAAAGCAGAAGAAGGGCAGGACAGAGGGGGAAAGCGAUUAAGAGAGUGUAGAAUUGUUAGCGGUGUUCAUUUUAAAAGCUUUUACUGAUCCUAAAAUCUAAGAAAACACACGAAACCACACACCCGACACCCGACACCCAACACACAACAAACACAGAGAAUCAGAAUGAAGAAGAGCUCCACUCUGACAACGACAACGUCAAUGCCGACGAGUCCCACGCUCUCGGCACAGACACUCUCCGCCAGCAAGAUCAGCCUGAAUAGCAACAGCAGCAGAUCGGGCUCGGUGGCGGGAUCGAUACGCUCCUCCUGCCAGUCACCGGUUAGGCCGGGCAGCGGCUGCGUGGACGCCAUCAAGGCGAAGCGCGAGGAGAUCGAAAUCGAAACACUACUCGAGAAGGCAAAGUUCUAUACCUCCGUGUGCCUUGGUACGACUGCCAUUUUGUCGGUGUUCACAUUCCUCUUCCUGAUACCCUUCGUAGUGGAUCCCGCCAUCUCAACGAUCAUUGCCGACUAUGAUCCAGUGCCCGUGACCUGCAUAGUGAUCGAUCACAUCUAUGCGGAGGGCAUCAAGAACUGCAGCUGGAGCUCCUGUCGCGAGGGCUGCACCUCAUCACUCACCAAGUGCCAUCAGUUGUUUGUCAACUAUACGCGCAUCCCGUACAGCGACUGGGAGCGUAAUCCCCGGGACCUGGACGCCGUCAACUGGGAUGUUAGCUAUACAAAGUUUCUGAUCAACUCCGAGGGCUGCGGAUAUCCGCCCACGACCAACUGCAGCGUAUUUGCCAGGCAGUAUGGCUUCUCUCAUAUUGGGGAGCCAUUCCCCUGCUACUACAGCCGUGCCUAUCCAGAGGUCGUUAUUGGCCGCUACUCGUGGGAGAACAAUUUGUACCAUCUGAUCCUAUCGCUGAUCAUACCGAAUGUGCUCUUUGCCAUCUCCAUCGGGGUGCUGAGCUACUGGUACUGCCCCUGCUGCGAGAAGGCCUGCAAUAAGUCAUCGCGGGUCUACGCCGAGAAGUUCCCAACCAAGGAAGAGAUCGUUAACUGCAUGAAAUGUAAUACGGAAAAGUCGUUGUCCUUGAAUGUGUUUUGAAAUAUGAGAUCUGAUCGUUGAUCUGACCCCCCAAAAUGUAUUUGUGAUAGGUUAAGUGCGAAGAAAUAUGCUGAAAUCAAAGAGUUACGAGUAUAUCUCUGGCACCACAGUUGUCGCUUGUCGUAGAAACCCACAACAAAAACAAAAACAAAAACAACAGCAACAAAAAACCCAAGCAGAAUUAACGUUACUCUGAAGUGUCCUUAGCAAUUACUGCAUUUCCAUAAUGUUCCAAAUUGUAGACUUAGUCCUUAGCACCUCUCAAGGACACACCCUCCACACACACUCUCAGCACAAGAGCCCAAAACAAAUUGAAAGGAAUUUCGUAUUUCUAUAUGCCACAUCAAAAUAUAUAUUCACUCCAAAACACACUCGUAUACACGACGUACUCAAACAAUUUUUUGUAGUCAGUAGCUUUAACUUUACCAAAAACAUAAAAACUGAAUUUACAAGAGGUUUCUUUCAGGUUAACUCACACGCCCCCAGCAUUUCCCUUUUUUUCUAUUUACUAAUUACUUCUAAUAUAACAUACAUAUAUACUCGUACUCGUAUACAUAUCGACUAAUUCUCCUAUUUAAUUAAACUGAUAUUACGCAUAAGAAGAGAGGGCAUGAGGCAGGCCUGUGUUUUGCAUGCUUUUCCUUUAGACCGCUUCUGAUUAUCCCUUUCGAUUAUAGAACCUAUUUGUAUUGUAUGGCAUGAUCCCCGUAUGUAUAGAACAUAUACUCUGACUACAUAUAAUCGUAUAUAUUUAUCGCUUAUACUUUAACUUAACUCUGACUCUAGAAUUGAUUAAGAACUUUGUUCCAAACCGAUAUACUCCAAUUCUAGCAAACUUCUGUGUCACAGUGACGAAGAUGAUGAUAUGGAAUACUAGCAAAAAUACAAAUUAGCUAAAGCUAAAACCCCUAAACAAAUAGCAAACUCAACUUUGUAGUCUGUAUACACCACACACACACACACACACACAGCUUUUACUAUAUAGAUAUAAAAAACAAAACAAAAACAUACAAUACAUAUACGAAAAGAUCGAUAGAGAAUUACCAUUUGCCAUCUGCCAACUCACACAUCGGACGAUAUAUACAAAAAAAUAAUAAUAAUUAUAAAUUGCCAGUGGGAGCAUCGUCGAAGGAAGGAGAACAAACUUUUCCACAUGCAUAUACAAUAUAUUAUAGUUUUAUUCGUAACUUUGCGCUCUAUAAUUGAGAACCCAUCUUAGCCAUCGUACAAUAAUAAUGUUACACACUCGUACUAUAUAGAUCUUUAUUUCAAAAUGCUGUAAAACUUUAGAAUUUGGCUUUGGACGGAGUGGACGAUGCUCCGCUUUAUGAUUGCUCGACUUCGAUUUCCACAAUGAUAAUACGAAAUACCAAUUAAAGAAUCGCUUGUUUUCAACAAAUUGUGAUAGUAGUCAUAAAAAUAUUAAGUAAAUUCGUAAACAAAAACAUAAACUAAAAAAUGAAAAUGAAAACAAAAACAAAAACGAAGAAACCAAUCAAACAUUUGUAUAGAGGGAAACGAGUCCGAGUCCGAUAAGUUAAAAGAUUCAUAGAGAUGUUGGCAAACAAAUGAUAGAUAAAUACCACAAGAUGAUACUCGUACAAGAUGCAAGAUACAAGAUACAAUCCAAGAGUUCAAGCAGAAGAACCAAAUUUCUCACCUAACAAUACACACACACAUGGAAAACACACACAACUCUCAAACAUUUUGGAAAUAGUUUUAAAAACUCUUAUGUAAAAAACGAAACAUCUAAAGAAUUAUAGCAAUACAUACAUACAUAUAUAUAUAUAUGUACAUAGAUGAUAUAUAUAUAUAUAUAUACAUAUAGCUUAGCAGAACCGAUAAAACGCACGUUGCUUAUGAGAAUUUUUUAAAUCAUACAAAACAAAA